AUGGCCCGCAGAAGAAAACACCGCACACAUGACAAAGGAGCUGCUCCAGAUGCGGACGAUGCGUCUACUCCGAAGUCUUUCAUCAUCAAGCAUGGUCAAGUGGGGUCCUCGCUCAGUGGGCUCGUGAGGGAUAUGAGGAAAGUGAUGGAGCCAAACACUGCAAGCCGGUUAAGAGAACGCACACGCAACAAAUUAAAAGAUUAUCUUACUCUCGCUCCUGCUUUGUCCGUCUCCCACCUCCUGCUUUUCACCCUCAGCGAACGCUCCCCGUACCUUCGCAUCGUGCGCACCCCUUCAGGUCCGACCGCAACAUUCCGUAUCGAGCGUUACUCUACCAUGGCCGACCUCCGCUCCGGAAAACGCAAGCCACGGGGUGAAGGCACUGAGUACCGGACAUCACCGCUCAUGGUGUUGAGCCAGUUCCCACAAGAACCGCCCAAUGGAUUGGUGGCGAAGCUCCUGCAAAGCCUCUUCCCCCCUCUUUCACCGCUGUCGCUCAAGCCUUCCUCGGCGAGACGAGUAGUCCUGCUCUCCUAUGACGCGGAAACAGGCACUAUCCAGCUGCGGCAUUACCUCAUUUCCAUCCGAUCGUAUGGCGUGAGCAGGCGGGUGCGGAAAGUGCUUAAACCUGGGCUGGAUUUGGGUAAUGUCAAGGAUGUGGCAGACUGGGUGCUAGGAGAAGAAGGUUACGAGAGUGCCAGCAGUGCGGGCAGCGAGGGAGAGGAGAUGGACUUGCCGGUGCUUGCUGCGCUCGGUGGGAGAACGCGCAAGGGUGAGGGCAGUGUCAGGGAAGGCAGUACGCAGGGAGACAGGAAGAGGGCGGUGAAGCUGGAGGAAGUGGGGCCGAGGAUGGAGCUGAGGCUGGUGAAGAUCACUGAAGGCGUGCCAGGGAAGGAAGGGGGUGUGAUAUUCCAUGAGUUUGGUACGCGAUCAAGCGUAUUGUUCUGGAGUGAAUGCUUAUAUUGA